GACGGGGCUUUGCAUUUCAGAGAAAACAAAAGAUUGAAAGACAGUACAGGAAACUGUUGAAAAAGGGAAAAAAGGUCCCUUCACAACAGAAUGAUCAGUUUACUGACACGUAUCCAGAGCACCUGAAACAUCUUUACCUGGCUGAGGAAGAAAGGCUUAAGAAGCGUCGCAGGGCUCCAGAUGAUUCAGCAGAUCUGAGCCCGGCUGUGGGAGAAAAGUAGAGUUUUGUCUGGAGUAGGCAGAAGUUUAAGAAGAAAACAGCCAACCAGAAGGCGAAAGAAGAGUAUGAGAAAAUAAUGGCUGAACGUGCUAGAAAGAAAGAGGAAGCAGAAAAAAGAAAGCAAGAAAGGGAAGUGGCUCAACGGUUGUACAAGCAGAAGAAAAUGGAAGCUUAUAAAAUAUUGUGUAAGAAGACAAAAAGAGGACAGCCAAAUCUAAACUUACAAAUGGAGUUUCUUCUUCAGAAAAUACAGCAAAAUACAUAA